AAAAAUUAACUUUUGGUAAAUAUAAUUGGUUAACUUACAAAGAAGUUAAAAGGAAGUCCCUAGAAUUUGGAUCUGGACUUUUGUAUUAUGAACUUAAAAAAAAAGAAAAAAUCAUAAUUUUCAUGGAGACGAAGGCCGAGUGGAUCAUUGCGUCUUUUGGUUGUUACGCCUACGGCUUUCCUGUGGUUACACUCUAUGCUACUCUAGGCCACCGAGCACUACUGUAUGGUCUGAAUGAAACAGAAGCCUCGCAUAUUAUUACGGAUGCAUCCUUGUUAAAAACCCUACUGAAAGUUGUUGAGGGCUACGAAGGGCUGACGUGUAUUAUAUAUUCGGGCACCCCCUCGCAAGAUGACCUAAAUGGCUUUUCGAAGUCUAUUGCACUCGUCAGCCUCAGCGAAGUACUCAGGAAAGGAGCCGAGCACUUUGUGGAUCACGAGCCCUUCGCCCCUGAAACUGAUAACUUGGCGCUCAUCAUGUACACAUCUGGCACAACAGGCGCGCCGAAGGGGGUGAUGCUCUCACAUAGGAACUUGCUCGCCUUUAUAGGAAGUGUUCAAGAGUCGAUUCCUCGCCUCACUGAAAAAGAUCGCUAUAUUGGCUACUUGCCGCUCGCCCACGUGUUGGAGUUGGUUUGUGAGAUAAAAAUCCUCGGGAUCGGCGCUUGCAUUGGCUAUGGCACACCCACCACGCUGUCGGACGUUUCUCCACGAAUAAGAAAAGGGACGAAAGGAGAUGUUUCUGAACUCAAACCGACUCUAAUGGCCGCCGUUCCCGCAAUUUUAGAUCGCAUAAGGAAAGGAAUUACUGAUCGCCUCGAAAGUUUAUCGCCUCCUGCUCGCUUUAUUUUUGAUUAUGCGUUCAAUACAAAACUUGAAAGGAUUAAGAAAGGUCUCAACAGUUCGCUAUGGGACCUCUUAGUUUUCAACAGAGCUAAGAAAAUGCUUGGAGGGGAGGUACGCCUGAUGCUUUCCGGCGGCGCUCCGUUGUCGGUGGAGACUCAGUCUUUUAUCAGCGUGGUUAUCUGUCCAGUCGGACAGGGCUACGGCUUGACAGAGACCUGCGGGGGCGUAACGAUUUCUCAGUUGGAUGCUCUCUCUUGUGGGGCGGUUGGCGGCCCCUUUGCUUGCUGCGAGGUCAAGCUUGUCGACUACGAGGAAGGAGGCUAUAAAACUUCGGACGUGCUGGACCCUGACGUUGGCCUUUCACGAGGAGAAGUAAUUGUGAGCGGCAGCAAUAUUGCGAUGGGCUACUUUAAAAACGAUGCAUUGACUAACGAGGCCUUUAUUACGCACAACGACGGGAAGCGCUGGUUUCACACCGGCGAUAUUGGGCGGUGGAACAGUGACGGAAGCCUCUCCAUCAUCGAUAGAAAGAAAGACAUCGUAAAGCUUCAAAUGGGCGAAUAUCUUUCCUUGGGAAAAGUUGAGACCAUUCUAAUGGGAUCGCAUUAUGUUGAUAACAUUAUGGUUUAUGCUGAUUCUCAGUUAAGUUAUGCAGUGGCUUUAGUGGUCCCAAACUCAAAAGAACUGGAAAAUCUCGCGCAUUCUUUAAAAGUUGAAGGCUCUUUUAAAGAAAUUUGUGAAAACCAGCAAAUUAUGAAGAAAGUAUAUGAAGAAUUAUCGAAAAUCGGCGCUCGUAAUGAUCUUGAGCGCUUUGAACGUCCUGCAAAAAUACAUCUCGUCACGGAGCAGUGGACUCCCGAUAGUGAAUUUGUUACGGCCUCUCUAAAGUUAAAGAGAAACAACAUAAAAAAAUAUUAUUCGGAACAACUCAAGGCGUUGUGUAGCGAUUAGCUGAAUUGGCGCAGUAGUAAAAACAUCAGCGCUCAGUAUCUAUCGCAGCAAUAAUAAGAAAUCUU